AUGUCCUCAAAGCGUCUGAUCAAGGAGCUUGAGCAAUAUAACAAGGACCCUUCUCCAGCUGUACCUCAUCUAGAAACCGUAGGAGGUGAUCUCACCCAGCUCACAGCCGUCUUGAGAGGGCCAGCGGGGACGGCAUACGAGGGCGCCAACUGGAACCUCACCAUCUCCCUCCCCCCAACCUACCCCAACACCCCCCCAACUAUCCUCUUCACUACCCCCAUCUGCCACCCUAACAUCGCCUUCCAAACGGGAGAAAUCUGUCUCGAUCUCCUCAAGACCUCGUGGACGCCUGCUUAUGGGAUCGUGAGCACGCUGGAAGCGAUACAGCAGCUUCUCAGUGCGGGAGGGGAAGCGGAUAGUCCGUUAAAUUUGGAUGUGGCGAAGUUGAUGAGGGAGGGAGAUGCGGUUGGGGCGGAGGGAUUAAUUAGGUUCUAUACUGGGUUGUUUGCUAUGGGACGGUGA